AGGCCUUGUGCAUCGACCCCAUCCUGACUGCUCCAAAAUAACCCCGAGCUGCUCACAGGACGGACCAGGCACCUGAGGCGUCUCCAAAAGGAGGCCUGGAAUGCGGAGUGGGCCAGUCUCUUCAUAGAACUACAGUCCCCAGCAUGCUCCGCAGCCGCCGGCUCUGCGGUCCGCGCAUGCGCGGAGAGGCCGCUGCGCGCUUACUGGGAGCCAGCCUGGAGCAAGACCUGCUGAGGUGGCCGCGAGACAGGACAGAUGAAGCCUAAGGAACCUCAUGACCAUCAGAGAUGCCAGUAAUGACCAUCUAAGCCUGGAUCUGUGAAGACCUGCUACUGUCUACCGCACAUGAUGUCAGGAAAUCACAUGCCUUCUGCCAGUGGCCCUUUUUCUGCCCUGACUCCAAGCAUAUGGCCCCAGGAGAUCCUGGCAAAGUACACACAGAAGGAAGAGUCUGUGGACCAACCUGAGUUCUGCUAUGAUGAAUUUGGUUUCCGUGUGGACAAGGAAGAAGGUUCUGAAUCUGGAUGCAGCCAGAUGGCAGGUGCACCCAUGGUGGAGGAUCCCCCACAGAGGCUACGGUGGCAGGCCCACCUGGAGUUUACCCACAACCACGAUGUAGGGGAUCUUACCUGGGACAAGAUUGCAGUCUCCCUCCCCCGCUCUGAGAAACUCCGCUCCCUAGUGCUGGCUGGCAUCCCACAUGGCAUGAGGCCACAGUUGUGGAUGCGGCUAUCUGGGGCACUACAGAAGAAAAAGAACUCUGAGUUGUCCUACCGUGAGAUUGUAAAGAACAGUUCCAAUGAUGAGACCAUUGCUGCCAAACAGAUUGAAAAGGACCUGCUCCGCACCAUGCCCAGCAAUGCCUGCUUUGCCAACGUGAACAGCAUUGGGGUGCCCCGCCUGCGCAGAGUCCUCCGAGCACUGGCCUGGCUCUACCCAGAGAUUGGCUACUGCCAGGGCACAGGCAUGGUGGCUGCCUGCCUCCUGCUAUUCCUGGAGGAGGAAGAUGCAUUCUGGAUGAUGUGUGCCAUUAUCGAAGACCUGCUGCCUGCUUCCUACUUCAGCACCACCUUACUGGGUGUCCAGACUGACCAGCGGGUCCUGCGCCACCUGAUUGUUCAGUACCUGCCUCGCUUGGACAAACUGUUGCAGGAGCAUGACAUUGAGUUGUCCCUGAUCACACUGCACUGGUUCCUCACGGCAUUCGCCAGCGUGGUACAUAUCAGACUGCUGCUGCGCAUCUGGGACCUGUUUUUCUACGAGGGCUCCCUGGUGUUGUUCCAGACUACGCUGGGCAUGCUGCGCCUUAAGGAGGAAGAGCUGAUACAGUCAGAGAACUCAGCCUCCAUCUUCAACACGCUGUCAGACAUCCCAGCACAGAUGGAGGAUGCCGAGCUACUGCUGGGGGAGGCCAUGCGGCUGGCUGGCUCCCUCACUGAUGUGGCUGUGGAGACCCAACGCCGCAAGCACCUGGCCUAUCUCAUUGCAGACCAAGGCCAGACCCUGGGGACUAGUGCCACCACCAACCUCUCUCAGGUUGUACGCCGCAGGACUCAGCGGAGGAAGUCUGGCAUCACCUCCCUGCUCUUUGGGGAGGAUGACCUAGAGGCUCUCAAGGCCAAGAAUAUCAAGCAGACAGAGCUGGUAGCUGACCUCCGAGAAGCCAUUUUGCGUGUGGCUCGCCACUUCCAGUGCACAGACCCCAAGAACUGUAGUGUGGAGCUGACCCCAGACUACAGCAUGGAGAGCCACCAGCGGGACCAUGAGAACUAUGUGGCAUGCUUACGCAGCCACCGGCGCCGGGCCAAGGCCCUGCUGGACUUUGAGCGGCAUGAUGAUGAUGAGCUAGGCUUCCGAAAAAACGACAUCAUCACGAUCAUUUCUCAGAAGGACGAGCACUGCUGGGUGGGUGAGCUGAACGGCCUUAGAGGCUGGUUUCCAGCCAAGUUUGUGGAGGUCCUGGAUGAACGGAGCAAAGAGUACUCUAUUGCGGGGGAUGACUCUGUGACAGAAGGAGUCACAGACCUUGUGCGAGGGACUCUCUGCCCAGCCCUCAAGGCCCUGUUUGAACAUGGACUGAAGAAGCCGUCCUUGCUUGGAGGGGCCUGCCACCCCUGGCUGUUUAUUGAGGAGGCAGCAGGCCGGGAGGUCGAGAGAGACUUUGAUUCUGUGUAUUCCCGCCUGGUGCUCUGUAAGACAUACAGGUUGGAUGAAGAUGGCAAAGUCCUGACUCCAGAAGAGUUGCUGUAUCGGGCUGUGCAGUCUGUGAAUGUGACCCAUGAUGCUGCACACGCACAAAUGGACGUGAAACUCCGCUCACUUAUCUGUGUGGGGCUCAAUGAACAGGUACUACACCUGUGGCUGGAGGUGCUCUGCUCCAGCCUGCCCACUGUGGAGAAGUGGUAUCAGCCCUGGUCCUUCCUGCGCAGCCCUGGCUGGGUCCAGAUCAAGUGUGAGCUCCGGUGGCGUCCUCUGCUGCUUUGCCUUCAGCCUCUCCCAGGACUGGGAGCUCCCUGCUAAGAGAGAGGGUGGUCCCUGCCAGUGACUGGGGCUGUUGUGUGCACAGGAAGAGAAGCAGCCACUGAAGGAGGGUGUUCAGGACAUGCUGGUGAAGCACCACCUCUUCAGCUGGGACAUAGAUGGGUGACACUGCUAGCUGCUCUCCCUUCAACAGAAAGAGGGCAGAGCCCUGGCCAGGACCCGUGCUCAGUGUCCAGGCCUCGCCACCCCAUGCUUGACGUUGGCAGAAGAGGACACUGGGGGCCGGCUCAGCCUCUCUCCUUACCAUGUUCCUGGGGGAGUGUCUUGCCAAGGUCCUUAAAGAAGUCCUGGGUGCCAGCCAUAUGGUGUACUAGCCAAAAACCUUGUGAAGAGCCACACCUGUGCUGGUCUCUGCUCAGGAAGGGGGCAGGUUAAUGGCAGAUAAAGUCCUCUUGCCCUCUUUGAUUGUAAAUAAAACUCAUUUUGUGAGAGA